AUGUCGUUUUCAUUGGCAAUUAAAGUAACUUCUAUUCGUGGGACAAUGCGCAUGCAUAUAAAGCCUCCUCCCUCAGAUCAAAUAUGGUAUGGAUUUACAUCAAUGCUAGAGCUUAUGUGGGAAUUGGAGUAUUCAGUUGGGGACAGGAAGAUCACCAACAGCCACGUCGCUUCGCUUAUCAGCAACAGAAUCAAGGCUUCGCUUCACCAAAGCUUGGUACUGCCGAAUUGUGAAAGUAUUCCUAUGUCAUGGAUGAUAUCAGAGAAGGAUGAUUGGAUGCCUCGCAGAGUUGCACCUUUUAUAUGGCUGAAUCGUGAACACAUACACAGCAAGGCAGCAAGCAGUCAUAGUUCAGACAUGAGAAAGCUCCAGCCUGAUGAUGUUGCCGCACUAAAGGUCAGUUCCAACAGUGAAGCUAGCAAAUCAAGUCCACCUGCUCCUUCAAAUAGAAGCAACGAGGAACCGCUGAAGAAGGUGACAUCCACUCGUUGGCCUAAACAAGAACCCAGAACAGAAGCAUCAACCAGCUCCGGUUCUUCCCUACCUUCGGAAGCUGAACUUUCUAACCAGUUGAUGGCGCCGCUGCUGAGAACCGGGGAAUUCGAGGAAGAUGCUUAUGAAAAUGCAGCAGUGGGCUCUUCUCUUCAGGUAGUAGCGGUGGUACCUGCUGCGCAUCGGCGACCGCCAUUGUCAUCCUCUGCUUCUCUUGGGGAGUAUGACCUGAAGAGGAAAGGCAGCAAGCGAGCUGCGGUGAUCAGUUUGGGGAGGAAGAUGAGCGGCAAAUUGGAAGAAAAGACACGGCACAUUGUCGAUAAGAUUAAGGAGAGUUCUGGAAAGGAGCAAUAG